AUGGCCGACGACUGUUUUGGAUCCGUGGUCCGGGCCACAGAGGGCGGACCAGGGAACGCAGACCACACGAGGGUCAAGUCCUAUUUCCUAGAAAGGUCGGCUAUUUUUCGGGACCUGUUGGCUGUCCAGAACGCGGUCUGGAGUCGUCCUGAAGUGGACGAUUAUUUCAAACUGCAGCGGACACGCGCCGAUUCCGCAACUGCCACACAGAAGAAAUGGUUCUUCAAGAUGAUGCGAGCCCUUGGCGACCAACUUCAAGCCCAAAUGGAUAUUAUUCCGUUGCCAAACGAAGCUGAAGAAUUCAAAGUUCUCGACAUCUGCAUGGCCCCCGGCGGAUACUCCGCGACCGUUCUGAAACAUCAUCGAAAUGCCAGAAUAUCGGCCCUCAGUCUGCCCAAGGAAGAUGGUGGUCACGACAUCCUUCUACCGAAUUGGAAAAAUCAUCCCCGUGUCGAGGUGGAAUUGAUGGAUAUCACCAUGUUGUCCUCCGAAUUCGGUUACCCGGGUCUUUUGCCGCUCGAUCACCCCGCCGCCUCUCAAUUUUCACCUCACAGACCGUUCGUUGAAUCGCAGUUCGACCUUAUUUUCUGUGACGGGCAGGUUCUUCGCUCGCACCACCGUGCCGUGACUUGCCAAUCAGAGCCAUCCCGGCUGAUUACUGCUCAGCUCAUUCUCGCCCUGCAAAGAAUACAGCGCGGGGGAACCAUCGUCCUUCUCCUGCAUCGAGUGCACAGCCCGCGUUCUGUGCGGAUCAUUGAAGCCUUUAGUCAUUUUGCAGAUAUAAAUCUCGUCAAACCUACAGGGUUUCACGCCAGCCGAAACUCUUUCUACUUGGUCGCAAAGAAUCUAGACCCCACAAAUAUGAAUGCCUGGCAGCUGCUCAACCACUUGAAGAACCAGUGGAAAGUGGCAACUCUGCAGGCGUUUGGCUGCGAACCACAAAGUAAUGAAAUCCCAGAGCUUGGCGGGGAUAUGGAACGUCUUAUGGAUUCGUUCGGAAGGACGAUUCUUGAUCUCAGCGAACCCUUGUGGGAAAUUCAGGCCAGAGCACUAAGGAAAAAGUUUCUUAAAGGUAGAGGGAUUGAAACCGGACUCCCCAGGCAGUGUUAA